GGGAACGUCAGUUGUGCGACGGCUGUCGAGAACUCGAGAUUGACAUUUCUUUGACGUACGCUCGUGUUUAUUUUGGCGCGAGAUGUCAUCUAAUAAAAAUAGUGAAAAUUAUCAAAAUGAUAGCAAGUUGAAUGGUUUGAGUGCAGCUUUAGUGGAUAAGGGUUUGACUCCGUUGAGUGGGAGGUAUCGGUCGAAAAGUUUGUCGAGUGAUAAGUUGAAUAAGACGAACGCCGACCGAGCCGCUAUAUUGGAGGAUGUUGAAGCACAUUACAUUACGGACAAAUUAGAAACGCCUGGUUGUUUGGUUAAAAAUAAAAUUAUGGAGCAAGGAACGCAAUCUACGUUAAACGGAUUCAAAGAGGGUAAGGCGACUUAUGGAACAGACAGUCCAGCACGCGGUAGGCGUGUCAUAUUCUGCGUCCACGGAAAUCCCUCCACUGGCUGCUGUGCGGUAAUAGAAACAAGUGCGGAUGGUGAUGAUGGUGAAAUACGCAACGGCAGUAUAAGUGAAGUAGAACGACAUUGUCACAGAUCAAGAAAUGAAGAAAUAGAUAAGAGAGCACGAAGAAAAUUAAUAAUAGCUAGUGUAUUAUGUGUAAUAUUUAUGAUAGGAGAAAUUGUUGGUGGUUAUUUAUCAAACAGUCUCGCGAUAGCGACGGAUGCUGCACAUCUAUUAACAGACUUCGCUAGUUUUAUGAUAUCAUUGUUUUCAUUAUGGGUCGCAAGUAGACCUGCCACGAGAAGAAUGCCCUUCGGGUGGUACAGGGCGGAAGUAAUAGGUGCUCUUACAUCGGUUCUUUUAAUCUGGGUGGUAACUGGCGUGCUAGUGUACAUGGCAGUGCAAAGAGUAAUUUACAAGGAAUUCGAGAUUAACGCCACUGUCAUGCUUAUUACCUCUGCUGUGGGAGUAGCAGUUAAUCUUGUCAUGGGUCUAACCUUACACCAGCAUGGUCACAGUCACGGAGGCGGCGGUGGUCACGGACAUUCUCAUGGAGGAAACAAUCCUGUACUCAAUAAUAAAAAGGAACGUUCAGAUUCGGACGCGGAGAGUUCAUCUUCCCACCAACAUGAUCAUCACGCUGAGAACAUCAACGUUCGAGCCGCUUUUAUACAUGUGCUUGGAGAUUUCUUGCAGAGCUUCGGAGUAAUGAUCGCAGCUAUCGUUAUAUACUUUAAGCCUGAAUGGAAUCUAGUGGAUCCGAUCUGCACGUUCCUCUUUUCCGUGCUGGUCCUAAUCACGACAUUCAACAUAAUCAAGGAUACAUUGCUCGUAUUGAUGGAGGGAUCACCUAGAGGUCUUGAUUUCCAGGAAGUCGCAAACACCUUCCUAUCACUACCGGGUGUUGUCAGAAUACACAACUUGAGGAUGUGGGCUCUGUCAUUGGACAAGACUGCAUUAUCUGCUCAUCUUGCUAUUCGAAACGGCGUUAGUCCGCAAAAAGUUCUGGAACAAGCCACGCGAUUGGUUCACGAUAAGUAUAACUUUUUCGAAAUGACUCUCCAGAUUGAAGAGUUCAAUGACGGCAUGGAGGAGUGCAGUCAGUGUAAGAUGCCGCAGUCCUGAUUAAAGAGUAAUCUUGUAGUAUUGAAACUAUAGAGGCUGAUGUAGAGAAGUAAACUUAAUUUAAAUGCAAAUAACGUUCUUGAAUAAUAAUUUUGGUAAGGAAAAUUUUCUUCCGACAUCUUUACCUCGGUACCGUAUCUAACACACUCGUUGGUAGAGUUACCAAAUACAAACAAGAUGAUGUGUAAAUGUCAAGUAGGAUUAUAUUUGCUAGUAAUAUUUUGAGCUGUAUUAUUUAUUGUCUCGACAAUUGUAAUUCGAAUUUGUAAACUAAUCUAUUUGUAUUCUGUUGCCAAAAAAAAGGUUAAACCUUAGUAGAUUGUAAAGUAUCUAUUGUUAUUAUAAAUUGUUUCCGAUUCAACUAUAUUAUUUAUUUAUAUUUUAUCUUUAAAUUGUAUUAAAUUAACCUUUUUCGUUCAAGCAGUCCCGUUUUCAUAAAUUCAUUCAACGAUAAACGAUGUUUAAAUUUGUUUGAAUUUGUUGAUGAGAGAUCAAAUAUGUUUAAAUGAUAAAUUCUUUGUAUGAAUGAAAACAUUAAUAUUUGUCUGUGAUUUACGUAGUUCAUUCGUUCAUUAUUUACUUAUUUCAUUCGAUACAUUUGACUACCUUUAACCAAAAUACUUAUUUAAAAAACUAUAACUAUACGAAUUUUUGUUUUACGACAAUAGUAUUUGUUUCAUUAAACAAAAUUAAACUUCUCCAAAGUGUCAUAAAAAUGGUUGCUCGAUAAUACUCGAUUCCCCAAUUAAAAUAGUUAAAGGUAAGCCAAAACUGCUCAAGUAUUCGUCGAAUUGUAUAAAUAAAUUUAAAAUCGGAAAUAGUUUUACCACAAAAUGUAUUUUAGUGUAAAAUUGAUAUUUGUAUAUUAAACGUUAUGCUAAUUAUAAUAAAGAAUAUUUUUAAAUUAACCAA